CAUCAAAUCAAGGUUUAUGUUUACUUAGAACCGUUGGGGAUGAUACUUCUGCUACUGGUCGCAGAUUUCUUUUCGUAGCAUUAAAAGUUUCGAAUUUCUCUUUAAAGAUAUUUAUGUUCCAAGUGGUGUCCUGAGGAUGGGAUAGCUGAUGAGCAAACAAGUACCUCUGUGUAAUGAUAGCAAUGUUCAACUCAGAUUUUUAGGCCCUGAAGAUGUACCAGCUGUAAAGAAGCUAUGUACAGAAUGGUUCCCUAUCGAGUAUCCUGACAGUUGGUACAAGGACAUUACUUCCAGUAACAAGUUCUUUUCCUUGGCUGCUGUAUACAGGGUACAGAUUAUUGGAUUAGUUGUUGCUGAAAUUAAAGCACAAUCAAAAUGUAAUAAAGAAGACCAGGGUCUACUUUCUUCCCAUUUCACCAAAAAUACAAAAGUAGCCUAUAUACUUACUUUGGGAGUUGUAGAAGAUUACAGGAGAAAUGGCAUUGCUACUCUUUUGUUAAAUAGCCUAGUUGAUCAUCUGACAAAAAACCCUGAUGGCAACAGUUGUAAAGCUAUCUACUUACAUGUUUUGACAUCAAAUACUACAGCCAUUCAGUUUUAUGAACAACGGAACUUCACUCUUCAUUCCUAUUUACCUUUGUAUUAUUCAGUGCAUGGAGUUGCUAAAGAUGGAUAUUCCUAUGUUCUCUAUAUUAAUGGAGGACAUCCUCCUUGGACAUUUCUAGAUUACUUAAAACAUUGGGGUCGGUUUGUAAGCCAUUUCCAAGUCUGCAUUUUGCCAAAGAAAAUGUACCGCUUGAUGCAAGGUUUUGUGACAAAAUUGUGGCCUGAAAGCUGGAGAUCCCGUUGAAUCAUAAUGUCAUUUGUGAAUAAUUUUUUUAACAUAUCUUUAUACUAAGAUUCAUUUAUCUGGUGUCAAAUAUUUAAUUAUUCUGUAUGUAAUGUGUAUAUAUACUAUAUAAAAUAUUGCAACUUAUUCUUUGCAAUUUGUUGAUUAUAUCAAUGUACAUUCGGAUGUUUAUAUAUGUUUUACCCUUAGGCUGAACAAAUUUUAUAUAAAAAAAACAACUAAGCCUAAAUUUUUUGUCUGUUAAUAAGAAGUACAAAGUGAUUUUGUAGUUAUUUAGAAUACAUAUUUUAUGUAUAAAUCAAAAAUUCAACUCAGCAAUAAAGGGUAUUAUUUGUCUGUUUAAAAGUAACAAUUAUAUUCUCUCUCAUUCUCUGUUUUCUUUCUUUUUGCUGAAAAUCUUAAAUAAUCUAAGUUUCUAAAACACAAAUCUCUCUAUAUUUCACGAUAGACACCAUGGCUCUCAAAUGUUGAAUGAUGAAAAAUAUAUUGUUUCCAAGCCAUUGUUUUGAUAUGAGUUUGAUACUUAUUACUUGUAUGAUAUAAAGUCAAAAAUAAUAAUCAGUGUGCCAUAGCAUCAGUUUUUACUUUCUCAUAUAUAAAGUGUAUAGGAAAUAUUGCAAUUGUCAAAAAAUUCAAACUCGAUAUUUUGAUAUAUCUCCACGUUUCAGAUCUCCCCGAGUUGGAAAAACAUUUUUUGGCAUUAUAUUUGUUUAUGAACACAAUAACUGUAAAACGCUAUGACUAGAUGGUUGAAAUUUGAUAUAUGGAGUCACAACCAGAUUUGCAUGUUCCCAUCAAACUAAAAACCUUUGGCAACCAGUUUGUUCACCCAGAUUGUUUUUUAGGGAGUUAAAUUACAAAUAUGGAAUGCAUUUUUUAAGUUUUACCAUGUUAUUUCAUAAG